UAAAAAUAAAUAAAUAAAAGUAAAAUGAUAUAAAGCUUGUAAUGGAACCGGGGAAGCAACGAUAAUAGCAAUCGCAUGUUCCAUAAUCUUCUUAUUAUAACUCACAUACACUCCAUACAUGGCCACGCUUUCGCUCACUCUCAAUUGCUGGAGUUGCUCGAGUACCUAUGCUCACACCUCAUAUUGUGCUACCUUCAUCACUCCCCCUCACACGAAUAGAUAUAAAACAUGUUCUUCUGCUAAGAAGUCGUUGAAGAAAUCCAAAAGAGAAGGACCAGAAGCAUUUGUAGAUAUCUCAGAUGACAAAUUUGUUCAAAAUGAUAAGUUAUUGGACACUUCUCUUAAUCCACCUUCUCAGAAUGUUAACCCUAUUCCUGUUCCUUCCAGAAGUAAUGUGCUUCAGGCUUGCAUAAUAACUUCGGGUCUUAUAGCUGCUCUCGGGACAAUGAUUCGGCAGGUGUCUCAUGUUGCGUCGAUAGAAGGAUUGCCAAUCUUGGACUGCUCUACAGAAGUAUCAUUUGGUUUUGAAAUGUGGCAUCUUGAGUUGAUUACAGGACUUGUAGUAUUAAUAUCAUCAAGUCGCUACUUGCUAUUGAAGACUUGGCCAGAUUUUGCCGAGUCCAGUGAAGCAGCCAAUAGACAGGUCCUUAGCUCACUCCAACCUUUGGAUUAUAUUGCAGUUGCAUUUUUGCCUGGAAUUAGUGAGGAACUCCUUUUCCGUGGUGCAAUUCUGCCACUUUUUGGAAUGAACUGGAAGAGUAUUGCAGUAGCUUCUGUUAUCUUUGGUGUUUUGCAUCUCGGCAGUGGUCGAAAGUAUUCCUUUGCCAUCUGGGCAACCUUUGUUGGUCUUGCUUAUGGAUAUGCUACAGUUUUGUCCUCUAGCCUUGCAGUUCCCAUGACUUCUCAUGCAGUGAACAACAUUAUAGGAGGGCUUUUAUGGCGGUACACAUCAAAACAUAAAUGAAAUGAGUCAUUACCAUCUUUGGUCUCUAUAGAUAGGUUAUCUACAUUAUCCAACCUCCUACUUCUCCCCGUCCCGUCAGGGGGUAUGGUGUUAUGUAUAUAUACAAGAACACAAGAAUCAUGAUACAAAGAUUCAAGUCCUACAGAGACCAAUUCAAGAGAUCUAUCUGCAAAUGCAGCAACCACUGGCAACAAAUGAUUUCUCCAGUUUUUAAGGAAAAAUAAAUCCAAGUCUGUAUAUUACAUGUAGAUUUCUGUUGUAAUUAGGUUGAAAACUAUUUAUUUACCGUAAAUAGGUAACUGCAAUUUGUAAAAAAAAAAAAAAAAAAACUAGCUCACUUGGGCGGGUUAAUGUUGUUACAAAUUUGGAUUUCUGAGUUUACCAUUUUUGGGAUACGGGUUCAUUCCUUUGGGA